AUGGGACUCUUCGACACCGUGGACGCUGGCAUCACCCGCCUGGUCGGCCAGUGGAACCUCUACACCACGACCCUCGCGACCAUCUUCGUCGUCCUCGUCUCGUACCGCGUCAUCUCGAGCCGCGAUCCCGAUGUGCACCCGAUGCUCCUGGCCCGCCAGGCCGUGCCCUCGACCGUGCGCAACGAGGGCGAGAGCGCCGUGUACCGCAGCCAGGCGGCGCCGCACGGCAUGCCGCUCAACAGCGGGCUGAACGUCAAGGAUCCUGGCGCGAGCAAGUGGUCCCGCGGACGCGAUGGGGAUCUGCGGGACGUAUGGAGGAAGGUCAUCGAGGGUGGCGAGAAUGGCGCCAAGGGGAGGCUGCUGACCGUCCUCGGGUCGGAAAAGGUGAUUGAGCACAAGCUUGAGGACAUCACGAGACAAAUCAACCUCAUCGGCCAGCACUUUACCGAGAACAAGGCCGCCCGCGUGGCCGUAUAUCUCCCCAACUCGAUCGAACUCCUGGCUACACUGUUCGCUGCUGCGUUCUGCCCCAACGUCACGACCGUCCUCAUUCCCUUUGACACCUCCGAAGACAACCUCAUCUCGAUGCUCCGUCAGGCCGAGGUCGAUACCGUCAUCACCGCAUCUGGCUCGUUUCCAUUGGACAAUGUCACCAAGUCGUAUCCAGCCCUUCGACAGCUGAUUUGGGUCGUCGAUGAGGGAAGCAAGCAUCUGGACUGGAACGAAGUCCCCGAAGGCGUCGGCAGUGCAGUCAACGUGGCCACAUGGCAGGACAUUGUUCACGAUGCGCCUGCUGCGGCAGGGUUGGAGCUACCAGCUACAGAUGCGACGACUACGCCAGGCGACAUUAUCACAUUCUGGCAGAACAGCCAGACGAGUCAGGCCCAGAUGGCCAGAUUCACGCAAGCGAACAUUGUGGCCGGUGUGGCUGCACAGCUGGCUGCUCUACCGCACAGGGAGCGUCUCAACGCGGCGGACCUGUUUCUGCCCGCCGACUCCAUGGUCCACAGCCACACUCUGGUCGUCACGCUGGCAGCGCUGUACUCGAACGCCUCGGUAGCCUUCAACUCGGUGGCUGAGCAGUCCUCGGACGUGGCCCUCGCCACGCAAGGCGUAGUACCCACCAUCCUCGUGGCCAGUCCCGAGACGCUGCUCAGGACGCACGGGGAGAGCGCAGGGAAGCUCACGUCCGCGCUUGCGAGCGCAUCGCACGCGCUGUCUACACGCUCACUGACACAGGAGGGCAUCUUCAACACGUCGAAUCUCUUGUCGCCAUUCUCCUCGGGCGCCAGGCCCGCGAUUGGCACGACGCCCGGCAAGCUGCGUCUUGUGUACGUUGCGGAGAGGGCGGGGGCCAGUACGCCCGCGCUGUCGUCUAGGGUGGUCUCUGAUCUCCGCAUCUUCACCGGUGCGCGGGUGAUCUACGCCCUGACGGCGGCGCCGGUGGCGGGCUCUGUCAGCCAGACGGCCUUUUUCGACUACCGUCUAGACGCUGAAAAUGGCAAGGCGCAUUUUGGCGGGCCUGUCACGAGCGUGGAGGUUUGGCUGAAGGAUACGGAUGUCAACAAGACGACGGAUGACAAGGUAGAAGGCGAGAUCAACGUGCGCGGACCGAGUGUCGCUGGCGGGGAGGCAAGCCUGGGUGUUGUUGGGCGAAUCAACGAGGACCACACCGUGGCCUACGCGUGA